UCCUUAAGGUUAUCUCAAUUGUAAUCUUAUUUAUAAAUAUAAUUCUGUGUUCAGAAUAUAUGUGCGGAAUUCCGGGAACUUCUCUCAAAAGUAGUCUUAAAACGGAACUCAAUAAUGAGAAAGUAGUGGCAGAAGGUUUCAAAGUUAAAUACAGCUGUGAUUAUAACGACGCGCCGUUUCUAAUCGGUUACAAUGAAAGGGAGUGUAUGGACGGCAUAUGGACUCAAUCCAUACCAAAAUGUGCAACUCUAUAUACGGGUAAAUAUAUCUACAACUAUACCCUAAACGGCAAUGCAAUCAACAUAUCACUGGAAAAUUCUGCCAAAAUUUCGGGACUCGCAGUGAAAGUGUCAUCGAUAGAGCCGAUAGGAGUGGUCAAUAUAAAGCACAUCCCAUCGCCCGAGUGUUUUGUGGCCAACAUAACAGUCAAAGAGGGGCUAUCCGUUCAUUUGCCCAAAAGAUAUUCAACAUUAUUUCAUUGCCCGACAAAAGACGUCGACUAUUGGACGCAUCCAAUCGUGUCGUGGAUUUUGAUUACAUUCAGCGAGAAAUUCCGAAACUGCGAACUCGUGUUACACGAGUUCGCAGUUUCGGAAUUUCUCGCUGAAUGUAAUCAAAAUCCACGACACGAUUGGAUGCGUCCAAUAGUCGACGUCUUUUGUCGGGCAAUGAAAUAA